GUCUACUGUAUUUAGUCGCGUUUCUCUCAAAGUUAUUUCUCUCCCCUUUUGAGUUCCUCUCUGUAUUAUUCUAGGGACUUACUUCUGUGGAACUUGGUGCGUCUUCCCCGAUGGCAUCCGAUCUUGAGAAGAAAGCGAAGGAGGCCUUCAUUGACGACCACUUCGAGCUCGCUGUCGAAAUAUACUCUCAGGCCAUCGCCAUUAACCCUGAUAACGCCGAGCUCUUCGCCGACCGUGCUCAGGCCAAUAUUAAACUCAACAAUUUUACUGAGGCUGUUGCUGAUACGAACAGAGCCAUAGAAUUGGACCCUUCAAUGUACAAAGCCUACAUGCGGAAAGGCAAUGCAUGCAUGAAGCUUGAGGAGUAUCAGACUGCUAAAGCUGCAUUGGAAGCAGGUGCUACUUUGGCUCCUGGAGAUUCAAGAUUUACUAAUUUGAUCAAAGAGUGUGAUGAACGCAUUGCUGAUGAAAUAGGUUCUUUACCAAACCAGUCACCGGAGAAAGCUGCAACACAUGUCGUAUCUCCCAAAGAUUUUCAGCCAGAAAAUGACUUUCCCAAUCACUCAGUGGUAGCACCUGUCAAGCCAAAAUACAGGCAUGAAUUCUAUCAGAAAGCAGAGGAGGUGGUUGUGACCAUAUUUGCAAAGAAAGUACCUCCAGUCUGUGUCACGAUUGACUAUGGGGAACAAAUAUUAAGUAUUAACAUUGAGAUUCCUGGUGAAGAUGCUUACUAUUUUCAACCCCGCUUAUUUGGAAAGAUAAUUCCUGACAAGUGCAGGUUUGAAGUGUUGGCUACCAAAAUUGAAAUUCGCCUUGCAAAAGCUGAGCCCAUACACUGGUCAUCACUUGAAUUCACCAAGGAAAGUACAGUUGCACGAAAGGUUGAUCUAUCAUCAGUUGGUGGAUCUCAAAGGCCUACAUACCCAUCCUCCAAGCCAAAGCACACAGAUUGGGACAAACUCGAGGCUGAAGUGAAGAAGGAGGAAAAGGAAGAAAAACUUGAUGGCGAUGCUGCCUUGAACAAAUUUUUCCGUGACAUAUAUCAAGAUGCUGAUGAGGACACCAGAAAAGCAAUGAGAAAAUCUUUUGUGGAGUCCAACGGAACAGUGCUGUCGACUAAUUGGAAAGAAGUUGGGGCAAAGAAGGUGGAGGGAAGUCCUCCGGAUGGAAUGGAGAUGCGGAAAUGGGAGUACUAAGCUCCCAAAUCAGUCAGUGGAUGUAUUUCAUCUUUAAUGAGAUGUGCUCCAUGGACAUUUUGUAAUUUAUCUUCUGGCUUUUGUGUCGUUUUAUGUUGGGUAUAUCCUCGAGUACUGAAAUCACUGGUUUUACAUUAAUUAGCAAAUACAUUGUCAGUCUUUAUUUUGUUCUGGUGAUGUGUAUACUUCGGCAGGUUUGGAACAGCUCCGUUCAUGUUUUUUCUUGGAUUUGAAUGCAAUGUCCUUAUUGGUUUUUAAAA